AUGAAGGGCUUACUAUCUGAAAAGAAGGCCUCAAAGGGAGAUGAAACAGAGGUCCGGACUAAGGAGUGCGGUGCACUAAUUCAGAAUAAGCUGCCAAGGAAAAUGCCAGACCUAGGGAGAUUUCAGAUUCCAUGUACUAUUGGAAAUAUUACUUUUAACAAAGCCUUCUGUAAUCUUGGCUCAAGUAUAAAUCUGAUGCCUCUGUUUGUAAUGAAAAAGCUAGGAAUCCAAGAAGCACAAGCAACAAGGAUAACCUUGCAAAUGGCUGACAAGUCUCUAAGGCAGGCAUAUGGGCUAGUAGAGAACGUUCUAGUCAAGGUUGGAGAGUUAUUCCUCCCGGCAGACUCUGUAAUACGUGACAUGGGAGAGGAUGCAGAUGACCCCAUUAUUCUAGGAAGACCACUUCUAGCCACUGAAAGAUCCCAGAUAGAAGUUGAGAGAGGGAAAUUGGUGCUGAGGUUAAAUGAAGACUACAUGAUUUUCAAGGUUUUUAAAUCUCCACUAUCCCAUGACAAAGGAUGUACUUGCAUGCAUAGUACAAUGCCGAAGCCUCCUCCAUUGGUGGAAACUCACACAGUUCCUUGA